CAGCUUCAGUGCUGUAGAAGAGAGAUCGUCGUUCUGCCAAAUCAGGCCUAGCGUCCUCGUGCCCCCAGAUCUUUUCCGCAAUUACUGAGUGAACUAUGAAGAUAGCCCGUCCGUUUCUUUCUUUCUCUCCCACCCCCAACGAUCCCAUGAAGCCAAGAACAUCGGCUCGGACCUUAUCUCUAUUCAAUUCACCGUUUCCCUUCUAUAGGUCGGUUGGUCGGAUACGGAGACGCCAUGCCUUCUCUUCCUCUUCCCCUGCAUUGUUGCCGUCAAAACAACGCCCUUGGCUUCGAGUCGCUGUCGUGACCCUCGCAGCAGCAGGAAUUGGUGCUUAUAUCAGGUCCCAAGAAGAAUUUAAAUCCACAACGCUGAAUCCCAUAACAUUUACUCCAUAUUACCUAGUUUCAAAGGAGCCGGUGUCGUCGACUGGUAGCGUUUUUACUCUCAAAGCGCCCAAGCCGGCCAGUGAUAACUGUCAGGUCUAUGACGAAGCUUGGAAGACGGGGGUCUGGAGUGUGAUGUUUAAACAGCCGCAGCUACAGAUUGGAAGAGACUAUACACCUCUCCCUCCUACGUCGGUCGAAGAAGAUGAGUCGCUCCGGUUUCUCAUUCGUAGGGACCCUUUCGGCGAAAUGUCACGGUAUUUGCAUGGUUUGGACAUUGGAACUCGCAUAGAGAUGCGUGGUCCACAAAUUGAGUGUGAGAUCCCUUUAGAUACGCAGCAGAUUCUCUUCAUUGCUGGUGGGACUGGUAUCGCUCCUGCCUUACAGGCAGGACAUACACUCCUUGGCCGCACGGACGGAACACAUAAACCAAGGAUACACAUCCUUUGGGCAAAUAGGAGACGAGAUGACUGUGUUGGUGGAACAAAUGAUAAUACCAUGACGUCUAGAUCGCGAGCGUCCUGGUUCUCUGGCUUUUUGAAGUCAUCACCAGCCGACCCAUCUCCGGCUGACCCCGUGGAGAGUACUACUCCUCUCCCUUCUCUCAUUGUCAGAGAGCUCGAGGCUCUCAAGUCUCAGUAUCCGGGACAGGUCACGGUGGACUAUUUUGUUGACGAGGAAAACACAUUCAUUGGGAAGAAAGCUAUAUUAGACGUUGCGGACUCUGCUACCUCGGCUGAGGGAUCUCAGAAUCGAAAGAUGAUCUUAGUCUCGGGACCGGAAGGCUUCAUUAGCUACAUGGCUGGACCGAAGCUCUGGGCGCAAGGUAUGGAGCUUCAAGGACCGCUUCAAGGGAUCAUCAAGGAACUUGACCUGAAGGAUUGGGCUGUGUGGAAACUCUGACAACUACCUUCCCGGACGGUCAAGUGAUUGUAAAAGACAAAGGGAAAGGCUAGAUAUUUCUUCUUUUGCAUUAUAGUUAGUUGUAUUAUAUUUGCAUAGAGGUACGGAGUAUAGAAUGGGUUCAAAUCAAUGGAUUAGAUUAUCUUGUCGAUAACUUUGACUCAUGACCUCCGAUAGCGGAGAGUCUUGGCGCACUAGCCGCUUUUACUGGCGCUUCCCCAGAGUGAGAAAUAAUGCGCUUCUUCUCAUUCGCCAGACUU